AUGGCUGCUACUGGUUCUUACUCCCUCCCCGUCUCCCACAAGGAGAUGCUGGAGAAGUCCCUCAUCGACUCCGACCCUGAGGUCGCCGAGAUCAUGAAGGACGAGAUCAAGCGCCAGCGCGAGUCUAUCAUUCUCAUCGCUUCCGAGAACGUCACUUCCCGUGCCGUCUUCGACGCCCUUGGAUCCCCCAUGUCCAACAAGUACUCCGAGGGCCAACCCGGUGCCAGAUACUACGGUGGCAAUGAGCACAUCGACCAGAUUGAGAUUCUCUGCCAGAACCGUGCCCUCAAGGCAUUCAACCUUGACUCCUCCAAGUGGGGUGUCAACGUCCAGUGCCUGUCUGGCUCUCCCGCCAACCUCCAGGUCUACCAGGCCAUCAUGCCCGUCCACGGCCGCCUCAUGGGUCUUGACCUCCCCCACGGUGGUCACUUGUCCCACGGCUACCAAACUCCCGCCAAGAAGAUCUCUGCUGUCUCUACCUACUUUGAGACCAUGCCCUACCGCGUUAACCUCGACACCGGCAUCAUUGACUACGACCAGCUCGAGAAGAACGCCCAGCUCUUCCGUCCCAAGGUCCUCGUCGCCGGUACCUCUGCCUACUGCCGUCUGAUCGACUACGCCCGCAUGCGCAAGAUCGCCGACUCUGUCGGUGCCUACCUCGUCGUUGACAUGGCCCACAUCUCCGGUCUCAUUGCUGCCGGCGUCAUUCCCUCCCCCUUUGAGUUCGCGGACAUCGUCACCACCACCACCCACAAGUCCCUCCGUGGCCCCCGCGGUGCCAUGAUCUUCUUCCGCAAGGGCGUCCGUUCCGUCAACGCCAAGGGCCAGGAGACCCUCUACGACCUCGAGAACCCCAUCAACUUCUCCGUCUUCCCCGGUCACCAGGGUGGCCCCCACAACCACACCAUCACUGCCCUCGCCGUUGCCCUGAAGCAGGCUGCCAGCCCCGACUUCAAGGCUUACCAGCAAAAGGUCAUUGACAACGCCAAGGCCAUCGAGAACAAGUUCAAGGCCCUCGGCCACAAGCUCGUCGCCGACGGCACGGACUCCCACAUGGUCCUCCUCGAUCUCCGCCAGUUCAACUUGGACGGUGCCCGUGUUGAGGCCGUCCUCGAGCAGAUCAACAUCACCUGCAACAAGAACUCCAUCCCCGGCGAUAAGAGCGCCCUCACCCCUUGCGGUCUCCGCAUCGGUACUCCGGCCAUGACCUCCCGUGGAUUCGGAGAGGCCGACUUUGAGCGUGUCGCCAACUACAUUGAUGAGUCUAUCAAGAUCUGCAAGGAGGUCCAGGCUUCCCUGCCCAAGGAGGCCAACAAACUCAAGGACUUCAAGGCCACCGUCGCCGGCGGCCAGGUUGCCAAGAUCAACGACCUUCGCAAGGAGGUUGCCGAGUGGAGCUCCGGCUUCCCCCUCCCUGUUGAGGGCUGGCGCGUUGACGCUGGCAUCUAA